AUGGCCUCCAGUCGCCCAGAGUCGGGUCUGCCAUCCCAGGCGAACCUGCGGGUCACGAUCAUCGCCGCCGAUGGUCUCUACAAGCGAGAUGUCUUCCGCUUCCCCGACCCGUUUGCCGUUGCUACCAUCAAUGGCGAGCAAACAAAGACUACCACCGUCUCCAAGCGGACCCUGAAUCCCUAUUGGAACGAGAGCUUUGACUUGUACGUGUCUCCAUUCCCGGGCCCGUCCCCGUCUCCUCCUCACGACCAGGACGCUCAUCAUUUCCUUUACAGCCGCGCAAACGAGGACGGCAUCCUCGCCGUUCAGGUCUUUGACCAGAAGAAGUUCAAGAAGAAGGACCAGGGCUUCCUGGGUGUCAUCAACAUCCGCAUCGGAGACGUGAUUGAGCUUGCUGAUGGUGCCGACGACCAGAUGCUUACGCGAGACCUCAAGAAGUCCACGGACAACCUGGUCGUCCACGGUAAGCUGAUCAUCAACCUCUCGACCAACUUGUCGUCCCCGGCACGCCCGCAGCAGCAGCCUCCCUCAGCAAGCUCCAGCAGACCCUCACUGGCAACGCCCCAGUCCUCGACCAUCGGCGAGCGCCCAACAUCGGCGACUCCAGGACCCAACGGCAUCGCUUCGGGCUCCCAGGCGACCUUGCCUCUGCGUCCCAACAGCAUGACUGCUCCUCCUCCUGCGACAGCCGGUGCUGCCAACCAGCCACCCAGGUCGAAUAACCAGAUGAGUCCCUUUGAAGAUUCCCAAGGUCGUCUGCCCGCCGGCUGGGAGCGCCGCGAGGACAACUUGGGCAGGACGUAUUAUGUCGACCACAACACCCGGACCACGAGCUGGAACCGACCAACGCAGGCGAGCAGCGGCGAAACUCGAGGGGAGAGAGAGGCUGCUACUCAGGUCGAACGUCAGCGCCAUCAGAACCGAACCCUGCCCGAGGAUCGCACGGGAUCCAGCUCUCCCACGCUUCAGCAGCAACAGCAGCAGCAGCAACAGAGCGCCGCCCAGAGUGCCAAUGCCGCGACCAUGAUGCAUACGGGAGCUACUACCCCCGGCACUGGUGAGCUGCCUCCUGGUUGGGAACAGCGGUGGACGCCCGAGGGCCGCCCGUACUUUGUGGACCAUAACACGCGGACCACCACCUGGGUCGACCCGCGCCGACAGCAGUACAUCAGAAUGUAUGGUGGUCAGAACAACGCCAACGGCACCAUCCAGCAGCAGCCCGUCUCGCAGCUGGGCCCCCUGCCGAGCGGUUGGGAGAUGCGGCUCACUAACACUGCCCGUGUCUACUUUGUGGAUCACAACACCAAGACCACCACCUGGGACGACCCCCGUCUCCCGUCGUCGCUCGACCAGAAUGUACCCCAGUACAAGCGAGACUUUAGGAGGAAGCUCAUCUACUUCCGGUCCCAGCCGGCGAUGCGCAUCCUGUCGGGACAGUGCCACAUCAAGGUGCGGAGAUCCCACAUUUUCGAGGAUUCGUUCGCCGAGAUUUCGCGGCAGUCUGCUACAGACCUGAAGAAGCGUUUGAUGAUCAAGUUCGACGGCGAGGACGGUCUGGACUACGGUGGUCUUUCCCGUGAAUUCUUCUUCCUCUUGUCCCACGAGAUGUUCAACCCCUUUUACUGUCUCUUUGAGUACUCGGCCCACGACAACUACACGCUCCAGAUCAACCCCCACUCUGGCAUUAACCCCGAGCAUUUGAACUACUUCAAGUUCAUCGGCCGCGUUGUCGGAUUGGCCAUUUUCCACCGACGGUUCCUGGACGCCUUUUUCAUUGGAGCCUUGUACAAGAUGGUGCUAGGGAAGCCGGUCAACCUGGCCGACAUGGAGGGUGUGGAUGCAGACUUCCACCGCAGUCUGCAGUGGAUGCUGGAUAACGACAUCUCGGGUGGUAUUCUGGAACAGACUUUCUCGACGGAAGACGAGCGCUUUGGUGUCUUGACCGUGGAGGACCUGAUUCCGGACGGGCGCAACAUCGAUGUCACCAACGACAACAAGAAGGAGUACGUCGAGUUGAUGGUCAAGUGGCGAAUCGAGAAACGUAUCGCCGAGCAGUUCCAGGCGUUCAAGGACGGAUUCCAAGAACUUAUCCCUCAGGACCUCAUCAACGUCUUCGACGAGCGAGAACUCGAGCUAUUGAUUGGUGGUAUUGCUGAGAUCGACGUCGACGACUGGAAGAAGCACACUGAUUACCGUGGAUACACCGAAAGCGACGAGGUCAUUCAGUUCUUCUGGCAGACGGUUCGCGGUUGGGACGGUGAGCAGAAGAGCAGAUUGCUGCAGUUUACGACGGGUACCUCGCGUAUUCCAGUCAACGGUUUUAAGGAUCUGCAGGGUAGUGAUGGUCCGAGGAGGUUUACUAUUGAGAAGGCUGGAGAACCGGGCAACUUGCCGAAGGCACAUACUUGUUUCAACCGUCUCGAUCUCCCGCCGUACAAGUCAUUGGAGGCGUUGCAGCAGAAGCUGACGAUCGCAGUCGAGGAAACAAUGGGUUUCGGCCAAGAGUAG